UGGCCUGCCUGCGGCCCGCCAGGCGCCGCCGAAUUGGCUGACGACGCCCGGCUCGUGGCGGCGCGCCCUGCCCAGGGCCAGCCCGUCGCCGCCCCGCCAACCCCGCGGGCCCUCGGAGGCCCAGCUGCUGCUUCGCCGCCAGACGCUGCCGCCGAGGCGAUCGCCGCGCUCGUGGAUCGCGCCGCUCAAGACGCCGCCGCAGGGGCCGCUGCUGACGCGGUGCCUGCUGGUGUUGCGGGCAAUGACGCUUUGUUGCACUUGCUGCGGCAACUCCCAGCUGCCUUCCCGCGGGCGCCGCGGAUCUGGGUUCCGCGAUCCCUCAGGCAGCAGGUCGCGAGCAUCCUCCGGGCGCUGACCGUCGAUGCGACGGCCCGUGCCGGAGCAGAGGCAGGGGGCGCCGCGGCUGAGGCCGCGCACCGGCUGUGCGGGGCGGCGACGCAGCUCCUCCUCCGCGCAGCCGUGGACGAAACGGAGCCUGGGAACCACGACGAGCAGGAGCUGCGCGCGUCUUCCGGGUCCAACGCAAUCCUCCGCGCCCGCAUUCGCUCUGCGGUUGGAGGAGAUUGGACUAAGCUGGUCAGGGACUCUCUCCACGACCUCGCCAGCGCAGCCACCGUGAAGAUCCGUCACGGCAGCGCGCGCGGGGGGCGCGACAUCCUGGUCGGAAGCCCUCGGGUUCCCCCCGGGCCUGCUGCAGACGAGGGCGCCCAGACGUUGUUCCACACCGACCCCCUCGAACCGGCCGACGAAGUGGCGCUGCGGGAGGCGCUCGCUGCGGCGGCGGCCAUGCCCAAGAAGAAGCGCUUGAAGGUCACGCUGCGGCUCGUUGGCCGCCAGGCCGCUGCUAUCAGGCGAAGCUUUGCUCAUGCCAAAUUCGCCAUGGGGACGUGCUUGCUGGGCGCCGGCAUGCUGGUCGCGGGCGCGGUCGGGGAGCGCCAGUACGGAGCUGGACGCUGCGCCGGAACACAGCUGGAGAUUGCGGAGGUCAGGGCCGCCGCGCGGACCUUCCCACACCGCGCGCUCAUCGGCCUCGACAUCAAAAACGCUGUUGGGCAGGUGCGAUGGGCCGACGCCCUGAAGGCAGCCGUGGCCGAGGCCCCCAUGGUGGCCGCCCCCAUGGCCAUCCUCUGUUGGGAGCUCCGGGUCGAGGUGUUCCUCUCUGACGCGAAUGGGAAGGGCUGGCACUCCUGCUUCAUACACGGCAGCCUCAUCCAAGGGAACCAGGAGGGCCACCCCGCCUUCUGCAUGGUCAUCGCCGUGGUGUGGCACGUCGUCGUGAACGACCCGCGCCUGCAGCCCUGCCGGCUGGAGAUCCGCCACUGGCUCUACGUCGACGACUGGCUGAUGCAGGCGCCGCUGGUGAUCGCAGUGCAGUGGAAGCGGCUGCGGCGACCCGCGCUCCCCGGCGACGCGCGGGCCCUCGCGGCGCGCGUCCCGUACCGCCUUCACGGGUUGAAUCUCCUCGGCACGGAGGCGCGCGGAGACCUGGCCAUGCCGUUGUACGCCGCCGGCGUUCCGAAGCAGACUCAGCAGCGCCUGGACCGGGCCAUCCGCCUCGCCGACGCCGCUCUCGAGAUGAUGCGGCUAGCACCUCCGGCAAGGGCCAAGCAGGCCGCCUUCGCCCUACGCCGUGGCAUCGUUGCCCACGCGCUCGACUACGAUGCGGGAGUCCUACCGUGCAGCGCCUUGCUGCCCCACGCCCGUGUCCUGGACCAGAGCGUCGUGUGCGUCGUCGCGGCAUCGAUCGACCUGCGCCCAGACCAGCUCACCGAGGCGGAGCUCCAGCAGAUCAGCCUGCCAGUCUGGUAUGCCGGCCUGCAGGUGGACGUGCCCUCGCGCAUUGUCCCUCUGGCGCGGGCGGCGCGGCUCGUUGAGCACGGCCCUGCCCUACGUGCAGAGAUCACGUCCUGGGCCGCCCGCGGCGGCGCGGAGGCCGCUAUCGCCCGCGACGCCAAGCAGUACGACGGCGUCGACGAUGCUGUUGCGGACGGCAUUCUGGACAUGCUGCGCGACUGCGGCUUCGCAGCCCUCGCUGGGCGCGGCCGCCCUGCUUCGGACCUGGCAGAGAGCGCGAGCGACCCGCUCCGCCCAGAGGGCCCGGAGCAGCACCUGCUCAGCAAGUACUUACAGCACUCGGCCGCGGCGCGCUACGCGGACCUGCUCGAGGGGGCUGCGGCGCGGGACAGGACUCGCCUCCUCAGCGCGGCGGGGCCGACCGCGGGAUCGACGCUUACCGCCGAGCUCUCUCUCUCCGGCGUCGCUCUUGCGGACAGGGAGUGGGUCGAGGCCGUGCGCUUCCGCCUGGGCAUUCCCACGCCGUGCCCGCCCGGCGCGCAGUGCCUCAUCGAGAAGACGUCCACGCAGGAGCUGUGCCUCGAGCAGCUUGACGCGCACGGCGACCACGCGGCGGGCGGGUACGUCCGCCGCGAGCUCUUUGUCCCCGAGCUCACCACCAGCCGCGCGGAGGUAUGGCUCGACGUCUGGGCUUAUGGCGUCGCAGAGCUGCCGGACUGCCUGGUCGACGUCACGGUCCGGCAUCCCAUGUCGGUCGCCUACCAGCCCGGGGCUGCGCGGGAGCCGGGAAGCGCGGCGCGCGCGGCCGAGAGCGAGAAGGACGACCGCUACCCACCUGCUGGCGGCCGGGCGGUCUGGCCUGCCGCGCACGAGACUUUCGGCUGCCUCGGGGCGCGCGCGGAGGCCCUCCUGGAGCACUGCGCAGCGGCGCACGCGAGACGCGCCCACCGGAGGGGCCGCCUGCCGGGGAACGCCCUGCGCCGAUGGCGGGCGCAGUUGGAUGCUGCGCUCAUGCAGGGCGUCGCGGCGCAGCUGCUUGCGGCCCGCUGCGGGGUGCCCCGUCGCCCUCGCAGGCGCGCGGCCCUGCUGAGCGCGCGGCAACUCGAGGCGCGGAGCCCGU